AACGUGUAUGUCAAUAGUUAAAUCAGUUUGGGAUAAAUUUUAGAACUUGGUGUUACAAAAAUACACAGUACAUGAACUAAGAAAAUGUCUAAAUUUCUUAGUUUAAGUAUUGGACUUUUAUUAUCAUUAUUUUGUCAGGUAACAUGUGUAGAGCCGGAAUUAAGUGCAAAAAUAGUGUAUCAACUGUUGUCAAUGCGAAUAGACAAUGUUGUUCGUGAAAACAAUAAUCUAAAAUCUGAACUUAAGGAAACUAAGGCAGUUGUUGAUAGACUCGAGAACAAAAUCGAAAGUAUGGAAGUGAAUAUCUCCCUAAUGGCAAGUAAAGCGGCAAGAUAUGAAGAAGAAAAUUCAAAACCUCUGUUAAAUGAAAAGAUGCAGGCUUUUGAAAAAUUAUUUGCGUCUCGACUUCAAAAGAAAUUUAAGACAGAAGCAAUAGUAUCGCGGAAAAUGCUAACUAACGGGAAGUCACACAUGAAAGAAACAAUAAGGGAAAUUGAACAAAAGUUUAAAAGUUUCAAAUCGGAACUCAUAGAUAAUCUAAGUGCAAUGAAUACCACUGUUGACAGUUUAGAAAAUUCAAUUUCCAAACAAAACAUAACAACAAUCACUAUGCUAGUAGCAGUAGAGGACAAACUCAAAAGUCAGUUAAAUGAAACAAACAUGCUCAUACAAGACAUGAAUGAAGACUUUGGGAGUAAACUUCGAUCAGUCUCGUCAAAGCAAGACAGACUUAUGGACACAUUUUCUGAUCAAAUCAGUGCUUUAAGCCAAAGAACAUCUGAACAAAACAUAACAGCAAUGUCUAUGCUAGAAGCAGUAAGACGUCUAUCCCAAGCCGAGUCGAAUUUGCAAAGUACAUACAGUGGUCUAAACAACCGGCUCAAUAGCGCCGAGGGUGAACUUCGAUUGACAGUCUCGUCAAAGCAAGACAAACAGGAAGACAAAUUUUCUGGCCAAAUCAGUGCUUUAAGCGGCCGAAUCUCUGUGGAAGAAGAAAGAAAGGUUGCAUUUUCAGCUAGGAUGUCUGAGGCAGAUAGUUAUUAUGUCAAAAAAGAACGAUUAGUGUUUAAUGAUGUUAUAUAUAGUUACGGCGGAGGAUAUAGCUCCUCAUCGGGGAUAUUUACAGCGCCAAAGUCGGGAACUUACUUGUUUUCAUACAAUAUACAAUCAACAUAUUCAGGUAUGGCUCAUGUGGUUUUAAUGAUAAAUGGUAAGACACGAACUGAAGUUAUAGCAAGUGGCAGCGCAAAUGGUGGAAAUUUAGGGAUUGAUUAUGUUUAUAAAGGUCAAAUGGUUUGGGUACAGACCUUGCACUUUGAAAGUAGGUAUUACAUCGAGCAUUACAGGACAACCUUUAAUGGUAUCUUGAUAGACUAAAAUAAAGUACCAUGAAUUGCAAUAUAAAUACUAUAUAUAGCGUGAUCAAAUGCAAAAUGAUUAUAGAUUCCUCCUGACUUACACGUUUAUACAAAGCCUAGAUUUGUUAUUAUAGAUUUGAAUUCACACUGCAAAGUCUUGGUCAUUGUUUAAUUAUUUGAUUUGUGUUCAAGCAAAAACAUAUCAAAACCAAAAAGUGUUUCUAUUCAAAUAUAAAAAUAUAAAAACAUUAUUGGUUUUGCCCGUCUUGAAUGAGAGCAAAGUUAUUUAUAUUCUUAUAAGUAUUGGUUUAUAUAAUUAGUGGUUAAAAUUAUAUUUUGUGAAAUUCAUUUUAUCAGCAGAAAUUUGUUAUUUAAAACUGGUCGAUUUAAUUAGCCAUACUUGAUUUAUUUCAAGAUUUAAAACAUAAUUUAAACCAGUUUGGUUAGUUUUUGAAAAAUCAACUUUAAUUCCAUUUAACUGUUUCGCGGCUGCAUCGCGCCAGACUAUUUUGUUUUCAUUAAUAUUGCUUUACACACAUUAAUCUAUACUAAGCCAGGAUAUUGUAAAUAAAUAAUAAGUCAACUAUAUAGCCCAGUUCAUACAAUCAUCAUAAGAGAUUUAUGUACAACUGUUUAAGUAAUUGGCCAUGAAUUGUGUAUGCUUUUAUAGAAUUUAGAUUUACAUAAUUUUAGCUACCUUUAUGUAAAUAAAUGACAUUUUCACAUA